AUGCCACAUAGCUGCGCUGGUAAUGAUGCAACCUACUGCAACAGAGAGGCACAAGCGGGAAAGAGAUAUUGCACACGCCACGGCUGCAAAAGCCUAGGUUGCGCGAAUCCAAAAGCCACAAGCUAUCACUAUGGAACCGGGACUAAGACGGCUUCGGAUUAUUGCUCUCAACAUGCAUGUGCAGAAUCAGGGUGCUUCAGGAAGCGUAGCCCAUCUCAAGGAGCCACAUACUGCUCACAACACGCUUGCCAGUUCGCAGGAUGCCUUAAGGGCAUAUACCAAAGAAGCGACAGGUACUGCGCAGCUCACUAUGCAAUAUUCUACUAG